AUGACCUCGUCCUCGUCUCGCGGACGCGGCCGCGGCGGCAGGGGCGGCGGCGCCGUGGGCAAUGACUCGUAUCGUCGCGGUCCCUCCUGGCGAGGCGGCGGAGCUGGCGGUGGUCCCACCUUUGGGCGUGGCGGCGCACCACCCGGCGCCGGCGGUACGCCAUACGUCCCCGGUUCGGGCGCUGGUGCGCGCCGUAUGAGCAACAGUGGCGCGGCUCCGAUGCGCAAAGAAGAGAAGGGCAAAGGCUUCCAGACAGACAUGGACAUCUCGGCGACGUCGCGUGGCUCUGAGCGCGAGCUUAAGCCUUGGGCGCCUGAGGAGCACGGUCCGAACGGCUCUGCCUCCAAUGGCCGCAGUGUCCCUCGCGAGGCCGACCGCGACAUUCUGACCUUUGGCGCCAAGCCCAGCUCCAUUCCAUGGGAUCAGUUCAAGGACAACGAGCGCCUGUUUGGUGUCACUACCGACUAUGACGAAGAGAUUUAUACGACAAAGCUCGACCGCUCUGGCCCUGGCUACAAGAAGCGCGAGCGUGACGCGGAUAGACUCGCAGCCGAGAUGAUGGCCAAACCAUCGGCCAACCCCCACGUUGCAGAGGAGCGUGGCCAGCAGACACAGGACAAUAAGGACGAGGAGGAAAAGUACUCGGGCGUUACGCGCAACCCCAAUGCGUAUGUUCCUCCUGGCGCGCGCAAGGGUGGCUCCACUGGACUUCCCGUACGCAAGGAGACGCCCAAGAAAGAGGAGCCGCCGCCCAAUGAAGCCGAGAAGGACGAGGCCAAGAAGGACGAGGUCAAGAAGGAAGAGACCAAGAAGGAGGAGCCUGUCAAGCCAAAGGGUCCCAUUGCUCUUCCCCUUCCUCUCGUUCCUCCUACCCAGUCGGUUACUCCUCCCCCGCCCGGUCCGCACCGCUCGUCGGCCGAUCCAGCCGUGGAUCCCGCGAUUGCUUCGCUUGGUCCUGGUCCUGUUGCGGCCACUAUGACCCGCAGCACUAGUUCCGCUCCGCGUGAGCAGCAGGCGAACGGCUCCGACUUGAAGGGUGCGCCCGCCACCAAAGUGCCAAUCGGCGGUGUGGUCGAGUCUGCUCGCGAGUGGGUGCUGUCGGAGCGUGACCGCGUGGUGCAGCAGAGGCAGUCGAUGGUGAAGAACGAGCGGGCCAACCAGCUCGCAGAGUUCAAGAAGUGGCAGGCCAACUUCAAGGUCCCUCUGCCUAUCCCGAAGGACAUUCUCCCAAUUCUCACGAAAGACGAGCAGAAGCAGAAGGCGAUCGAGGAGAAGGCGGAGCGUGAGCGGCUCGAGUCCAAAAAGCUCGAGGCCGCCAAGUCGCCUCUCAGCUCGCCGAGCAAGGCCUUGUCGCCCACCCCCGAGGCGCCCCGCGCCGCUGCCGCCCAACCGAAGAAGAUUGCCAUGAAGAUCCCGGAGAUUCCCCCGUUCCGUCCGAAGGUGCCGCCUGCCGUGCCUGUCCCCGAGACGGCGACGCAGAACAUUGCCCUUGUGACGUCGCCUACCCCGUCCCACUCGUCUAUUGCCUCUGGCGCGGGCAAGCUAAACCCUAAUGCGUCUGCGUUUGUGUUUAAGCCGAACGCCAACGCCGCGGUCUUCAAGCCUGCUGGCAGCACGGGCGUUGGUGGAGACGCGUCGGCAGUCACGAGCCCCGCAUCGCAGCCGGCCAAACUUCCCGCCAUGGCCGUUCCUUCGACACCCACACAGGCGCCGAAGAACCCCUUCUUCCCUAACGGUCCUCCUAAGCGGAUAGCCGUCAACAUGCGCGACGAUUUCAACCCCUUCAAGCACGGGCAGGUGCCUAUGGCGGCGACCGUGUCCAUGUCGUGGAACUAUACUGGGCGUCGGGCAAGUGUCGCUUACAACCAGCCUGUGCCGCACCAGGCCAUGAUGGCGUCGCCGAACAUUGGUGGAUACGACGGCGAGGAUCCGCAGUCGCCGCACGCGCAGCAUGCCCCGCCACCCAUGCAGGGCAUGCCGCCCAACAUGAUGUACUACGGCUACCGGCCCGGCAUGCCCCCUCAGAUGCAGGGGAUGCCUGGCAUGAUGUACCCGAGCCCGGGCUUUAUGCCACAGCAGAUGGCGGGCGGCCACGGGCCAGGGCAGGGCCCGAACAUGCCAAUGUACUACACGAACGGCGUGCCGCCCAACGCGCACUUCCUUCCGCCACAGAUGCACUUCCAGCCGGGCCUGGGGCGGCCCGGCCCGGGGCCAAUGUACUAUGGCCAGCAGAUGCCUGGCGGGCCGCAGGCGCCGCAGAUGCAACAGCAGAUGUCGCAGAUGUCGUUCCAGGGGCACCCGACGCCACCGCAGCCCCACUUCCAGCAGCCAUUGCCGGCGCAGGGCCCGCCUGGCCCCGGCCCAUCACCGGGCUUUGAGGCGGCGAGCCAAUAG